AUGGGGAAAUUUCAGUCCAAGCACGCCGCCGCAGCCUGCAAGCGGAGAGAGAGCCCCGAAGGGGACAGCUUCGUGGUGUCCGCAGACGCGAGCGGCCGCAAAGGCACGGAGGAGGCGGAGCGGCGCCCAGGCGGCGGCAUGGAGCGCCGCGUGCGGGACAAGCAGGAGCUUCCCAGUGGGGACCCCAAGGAUGGGCCUUUCCGGGAGGACCAGGUGCCCCUAGAAGUGGCGCUACCCCCCGAGAAGGCCGAGGGCCACAGGGGCCCAGGACAGCUCUUCAGCAUGGACGAAGGGGAGAGAGCCGCAAACCGUGAGGGCUCGCGAGGCCUGGGCAGGAAGCGCCUGAACAUUGACGCCCUUCAGUGUGAUGUCUCGGUGGAGGAGGAUGACCGUCAGGAGUGGACAUUCACACUGUAUGACUUUGACAACAGUGGGAAGGUCACCAGGGAGGACAUGUCCAGCUUGAUGCAUACCAUUUAUGACGUCGUCGACGCCUCCAUCAACCACUCCUCAGGCAGGAGCAAGACCCUCCGAGUGAAGCUGACCGUCAGCCCCGAGCCCUCUAGCAAGAAGAAGGAGUGUCCUCCCACCAACCAGGACCGGGAGCCCAAUCGCAGCCAGACGGAGAGCGAGCUUGCAGAGGAUGCCCGGGUUGCGGAAAAGCGGCUGUCUGCCCACGUCGGGAGGCCCAGCGUCGAGCCCCAGCCCUGCUCUGUGCGGGGGCCCUACUGCGUGGAUGAGAACACCGAGCGCAGAAACCACUACCUGGACCUGGCUGGGAUCGAGAACUACACCUCUAAAUUUGGCCCAGGGCUGCCGGAGCAGGCAAGGCAGGAGCAGCAGGGCAGGGCCGCCUAUCUCCAGAGCAGGUCCCGCUCCCAGGAGCCGGACACCCGUGCUGCCCAUCACCGCAGGUCCCAGAUGCUGGCCGAGCAUGCCAUGCCAGUUCCCGAGCCCACUGUGAGGGCCCUGGACAUACAGCCCCGGCUGAAGGGGCAGGAGAAGCAGUUCCUCAGGUCCCCCAAGGGCCCAGGGAAGCCACUGGGGCUGGCAGGCAGCAGCAAGCCGGGGAAGGCCCUUGGCUACUACCUGCCGGCUGCCUCGGCCCCCCAGGCCCCUCAGGACGGCCACCACCUCCCACAGCCCCCUCCACAGCCCCCACCACAGCCCUACGGCCACAAGCGAUACCGGCAGAAGGGCAGGGAGGGCCCCUCGCCACUCAAGGCCCCACACGGCCAGCCUGUGGUGGAGCACGAGGCCUUGCGGGACCUUCCAGCCGUGCCAGGGGCCGAGGGCUACAUGGUGCCCGUGGUCCAGCGGCAUGAGCACCACCACCAUCACCAGCACGAGCACCACCACCAC